AUGGCUUCAAAUUAUGAUUUUUUGAGGAGAGUAUUUUUCAGACCAUCAGCGAAGAUGAACAAAAAAUUUGUUUACUGGUUGAUGCAGGAGGGAUUACUGCGAAAACGCAUGUAUUGCCCAUCAUGCCAUCACAUCAUGGAAUUUAAGGACUUCUACAACGGAAAGGAAGCAGCAUCGGUGUGUCGGGAUAAAUGCCACAGGAAAUCCCAUAGCAAGAGCAUCCGAAGUGGCUCAAUAUUUUCCAAGUCUCACCUGAGCCUCCAGACAUGGAUGCAUUUCAUUUACAGAUUUUCACAAGGACUCAGGUUGCGGCAAGUAGACAUGUUACAGGAAGGCAUUACUGGAAGCUCCUCCACACUGACUAAACUUGCUUAUCGUCUACGUGGAGUCUGCAAAUCUGCAGUUAAAAGAAUGAAGAGAAGAGGUGACCUGAAAAUUGGAAAUGGACAAGAAAUUGUUUUGAUUGAUGAGAGCAAAUUUGGCCACAAAAGAAAGUACAACCGAGGAAGACAGAGCAACAGGGGGUCAUGGGUGUUUGGAAUGCUUGGGGUCAAAGAACAGAGAAGAAGACCAAUUCUGAGAGUUGUUAGACAGCGUUCAGCUCAACACCUUAUGCCAAUUCUCCAGAAGCAUGUUACACAGGGAAGCACUGUUAUCUCAGAUGGGUGGAGAGCCUAUAGCCGUCUGAGAGAUGCUGGAUAUAACCAUCUAACUGUGAACCAUAAAGAGGUUUUUGUUGAUCCCCGGACAGGUGCCCACACACAAAACAUUGAGAGAUUAUGGGGGGUCUGCAAGGCAACAUUGUGGAGAUUUAGGGGGAACCGCACAGAAAGCAUGCUCAAAGACCACUUAAAAGUAAUUGAGUGGACAUAUUGGCGUGGUGACAGACAUAAAAAAGGCCCCCUGGGUAUGAUUUUGCAUGACAUUAGAAGAAAGUAUCCUGUGUGAAAAUGCCAAUGUUUAAUUAAUUCUAUGACAAUUAUCAUUAGUGUAAAAACAUUUGUCCAUAAAUUGUUUGGCAAUUGAUUGUAAUAUUUUGGGAUGUCUCUCACCUGCAGUUGGUUCUUUUGUUGAAACUUGAAACAAUAAAGAACAAGUUAUUUACUGCAAUAUUUAUUGUCUCUUCUGUUAUUGGAAAACAAUAAAUGUUUACUUUAGAAUAGGGAACAUACUCUUAAGUAAUACUGCCUUAAUAAGCAUAUAUUAGUGAGAAAUAUGCUUAUUACCCAUUAAUAUACUCAGGGAAUAGUUGAGUUAUAAAUAGUUUGUUAGUGUAGUACAACUUCUAAAAAACUGCUUCUGUGUAACAUGAAAGUACUUUUUCUGCUCAUUUAAAUGUUUGUUUUGAAAUGCCCAUUCUAUAUUUAUUUCACACUUAUAAGCUACAAACUCAAACAGUGUACUAAGAACCUAUAAAGUGUGUAUUUUUCACAAUACAAGCUAUUAGUAUCUUUUGUUUUUAGUUAAUAAGUUCAUUGUUAGGACAAAAUCAAGUGUUAAGGGGCUAUAAGACAA